GUUGUCGCUGAGGCCUACCAAUGUUCAGCAUACGGUGGCACAUGCAACUGUGCUGCGACAGUGUUUUCUGGGAAGAGUUAUGUCAAAUUUAGUGUGUGCACUGGAAAAGCCAUUAUCACUUUAAAACCUGAAAAAAGAUCAACCACCACAGAAAGCCUGGGGAUGAGAGUAUUUUUAGAGAAGAACCUCCAGAAGGUUCAUGUGCUGCUCUUGCAAACUGGCAUUAUUGUCAGUAUUAUAAACAAAGACACGUAUCUGCAAGUGACCAUCAAAGCUACAGCACUGGACAUUGCACAACUGCAAGGUUUAUGUGGUAAUUUCAACACGUAUGGAUUCGAUGAAUAUGAAUUGCCCAAUGGAACUACACACAUCUUGACUAAAACUGAUACUCAGUUUGGUGUUGUUAAUCCACUUGCCUUUGUUGAAGCAUGGAAGCUCUCAACAGCAGAUGCAACAGAUCCUACAAAAGUAUUAGCUCCUACAGUUAUGUCAUCAGACGAAGCUUUGGAACCUGCCUGUUACUCUUGGAUCACUAGCAACAGUGAAGACAGUAGAUGUUCCCCCACUGUUCCAUAUAAUAUAUAUGGUUUAAUCAGCGGAAAUGAUGAAACAGACAGUCUGUUGGCUCUAUCGAAUCAAGAUAUAAGCACAGCUGCCAAGAAAAGGAAGAAGAGACAAGCUGUAUUUGAAGAUCAGCCCAGCAACAGCACUGUCAGAAACCUUAGUCAGCCUACAUGGAACCAAAGUAAAGCAACAGAUUUCUGCAUGGACAAUAUGUUCAACCCACCUCUACGAGCUUGCAGAGAUGCUAUUCUAUCCCUCAACGACACAAGAUAUUUGACUGCUUUUGAUAUCCCACUGAAAAUAUGUGUGCAGGACCUUCAACUAACUGGUGACACCAUGUGGCUUGAGGCAUCUCGAGUAGCGGCAAUAGAGAAAUGUCAAGAAAUCAUCAGUCAGAACCCACAGAUGGCAAGUAAUCUGGCUGCAGCCUUUUUAAACAUGAGGUGUGAUCCAUUUGACUGUAAUGGACAUGGAAAUUGCUCAAACGGUGUGUGUAACUGUGACAGCAACUAUGCAGGCACCAAGUGUGACGUCCAUGUCAGCGAUCUGAACCAGCAGCCAUAUCUGACACUGAACGAAGAUGACGAGGCCUACCUGUGUGAGAUUACAUUUGCUUCAAACUGUUCAUCAGUCUUUGUCAGUGGUGGGAAUUUUGUCAGCUCUGAUUUUCUGGCAUGUCACAUUCGAGAAGUGGAGAUUACAGAAACCGGUGUAAAAACUCUGGCACCUGGAGAGGUGACAACGGUGAAAGGAGAAUUAAUAACCACAAACCAGGUCAAGUGCGACCUUGGCAGCCAAAGCUAUAUUAAGAGAUCUGUGGAAGUCUCUGUGAGCAAUGAUGGGAAAACACCAUAUGAGAAGUACCAGACCUUUAUUGCCUUUGACCCUGUGUGCUAUGACUGCAAUUUAUACAGCUGCAAAAAGAAGAAAAAUGUGUGUAUCAUUGGAAACAGAUGUGUGGCAGAAGGGCAGACCUCUGUCUACAGUGACUGUCAGUACUGUAAUCUCAGCUCUCCCAACAUUUGGUCCAUUCGACUUGACAAGCCUGAAUGUGAAUCCCUGAUUCCUAAACCUGUUGGUGAUGACACAGACAAACAGACUCUAACCACAGCACUCAUUGCUGUAGGAUGUUCUGCUGUGAUCCUUGUUAUCAUUCUGGUUACAGUGUGCUGCAUAAUGAAGAGACGCCAGAAAGGGAGGAGGCGGCGGUCAGCUCAGACAGAUGGCACGGACAAUCCCAGCUUCCAUGAAAUGCCCUUCACCGGCAAACCUAUCCCAGCAUACAAAGCUCGCCAGUGGGCAGACAGCAACGUCUCGCCACCAAGCUAUAACCAGUAUGCCUAA